UUUUUGGGCUACAAAAUUUUGACGCUAGGUGGCGGAAGUGGUUUGGUAUCAAGUGGCAGACGAUUUUCCCGACUUUCGUUGAUAGAAUUUUUGAUUUAUUUUUUUUCCUCGAUGGCCCCCGUUUUAUCCAGAUUAUGUUCACUUAGCAAUAUCUUAACUGAUUACCAGAGAAGCAAAAUUUUUUAUCCAACGUUAAGAUGGUUAAAAAGAGAAAGAAAAGGCUUACAGAAGCGGAAACGUGUGGGAUUAAUGCCUGAACAUUCAGCAACAGAAGAAAAGAUUCCAAUUCAAAAAUUAUUCAAGCCAUUUUUAUUCACUAUUUGUUUCACGGGAAGUACUUUUGUUUGUGCUGCCAUUUGGCAAUAUGAAAAUAUGAGGAAACGUGCCUUUAGUUUCAUUGACCGUCAGACCGAAUGGUGGAAAAACACACCCGCAUACAAGAAAGGAUCAUUUAGAAAAAUCAUUAAUGAGUGGUGGAAUUAUCAAACAGACGGUCAGAAAAUGGCCUGGUUUAUAAUAGCAAUUAACACUGCCAUAUUAUUGAUAUGGCAAAAGCCAUCUUUACAACCUCUGAUGAUUAAAUAUUUUUGUUCAAAUCCGGCAGCCAAAAGCCAGUGUUGGCCAAUGUUUCUAUCUACGUUUAGCCAUUAUUCUUGGUGGCAUUGGGCAGCAAACAUGUUCGUUUUAUAUAGUUUUUCAUCAACUGCAGUGUCCAUGUUUGGAAAAGAACAAUUUUUGGCAUUGUAUCUUAGUGCAGGUGUAGUUUCUUCUUUUACUAGUUACGUAUAUAAAGUAUUAACUGGAAGAGUUGGCUUAUCUUUGGGUGCAUCUGGUUCUCUUUUGGCCAUUUUGGCUGCUGUAUGCACCCAGUAUCCUGAAACACAAUUGACAAUUGUUUUCUUUCCUUUCUUUACAUUCUCUGCAGGUAUAGCGAUUAAAGCGGUAAUUGCUUUAGAUACAGCCGGAGUCUUAUUGGGUUGGAAGUUAUUUGAUCACGCCGCACAUUUAGGAGGCAGUUUAUUUGGAAUAUUUUACUUAUUGUAUGGUCAAGAAUACUUAUGGAAUAGACGUGAAGUUCUAAUGAAAUCUUGGCAUCAGUGGAGGGAAAAGACAAAAUGAUAUCAAUGAGAAUCUUUUGUAUUUUAAGUAAAGACUAAUAAUAACUUUAUGGGAAAUGUACAGAUCUUCAUGAAUCAUCAAAAUAUCUAAAUGCCACUUUUAUAUUCUGUUUAUAGAAUAAAUUAAAGCUUUUGAACAUAUUUUUGGAUAUUAUGUACUAUAGAAAUACAGUAAAUAU